AUGGACCCUAUUGGCAGCGCCGCCCGCAACCGGGAUCGGAAAACUCCCUCCGCCGAUCGAUUUCUUGGCAUUUUCACUCAGUCGCAACCGGACAUUGACGUCUCCGUCUCCGUCUCCACCACCGACGAACUCAACGAGGACGACGUCUUUUGGACCGGCGACUUCGCCGAAUCGAACCAUCACUCUUCUCCUUCCUCCUCCACCAAUUCCAACCACCAUCGCCACCAACACAUCAAGAACUUUGGCAUCUUGGCUGCAUUGCCGGAGACCGAGCGAGCAGUGUUCAACCACAAGGCCUCAGUCUCCCCCUCUUCCUCGUCGUCUUCCACCUCAUCGAGUAGAUUAAUUCCGACAAUUCCGAAAAGGCCUCCUUUAGAUCGGCAAAGCUCUUUGAGAUUUCAAUCGGCGCCGGUGAAUGUGCCGGUGACGUCGGAGGCAAUGUUGAGGAAUCGAAGGGUUCGUGAAUUUGACGACAUUGCCGACGACGUUGAUGAUAAUAACGGUGAUAUGUUGCCGCCACACGAGGUGGUUGGGUCGAGGCAAUCGCCGAUGUUGGCUUGUUCGGUGUUGGAGGGCGUUGGGAGGACGCUGAAAGGGAGAGAUAUGCGGCAGGUCCGGAAUGCCAUUUGGCGACAGACAGAAUUGACCAUUGUUCUUCGAGAGGGUGGGAAUGUACCACAUCAGAGCGGGAAAAGGGGUCUUAUUAGUGGUUCAUUUAAGGUCGCUCCUAGAGAAAUGGAUUCCUUACUUGGGAUUGCUUUUGGUGGCUUACAUAAAGGAAGUGGACCCACAGCUCGUGAUAAUAGUGGUGCCUGGCUUUGGAUAGUUCCAAGUGUUAAACUUCAAACCAUUUUUGUCCCUGAGGGAGUGAUUUUAGAUGAGAAUCGCUCUGUUCAGUGGAAUCAAAUGCCUUUUAGAUGGGUCACUGCUGACAAUUUAAGCCAACCAUGCAAUCCUCCAAUGUAUUUGAGCUAA